UGCGGUCGGAAACACAGACGCUCAAAGAUCAACCGCAUGAGUCUGCACUGGUACUGCGCGCUUUGCCUGACCCUGGAGCCACCACAGAGGGGCCCUUCUGCCUUAAAACAGGCAGUCUGCGCCUUUUAGGUGACGGGGACUGUGUAAUAUGAGUCGGGAUGAAAACUCCGCGCUGAAUCCGGCUGCCAGUCCAGAUGCUGUUCGCUGGAGAGAGAGAGGAGGUGCAUGAUGGAUCCCGUCCCACUGCUGCUCAUCAUCGUCACAUCUCUGCCAGUUUGCUCGGCAGUCUACACUGGGCCCCUGCAGCCCGAGAUCUCCAAUGGCACUUUCCAUCACUUCUUCGUCCCGGAUGGAGAUUACGAGGAGACAGAAGAUCCCGAGAAGUGCCAGAUGUUGUUUAAAUUUUCAGACGUGUAUCCAUGCGCGGCCUUAGAGGACAGUGACUCUGUGGUGAGGGAGGACUUCGUCCUCACGAAGCUGCAGGCGGAGGACUCGGCGCGCCUGCUCGAGGGCAUCGGCCGGACUGUGGCCCAGGAUCUGGACGGAGAGGACAGCUACGGAAAGUUCCUCCGGCGGGAGAUCUCCCAGAUCGGCGAGGCUUUUUCAAACGUGGACAAGUCCCUGGUGGAGCUGGAGGUGAAGUUUAAACAAAGUCAAGAGACUGAGCUAAGGGAAGAGCAACAGCUGAACGGGCAUGUGGUGAAGCAAGUGGGUGACAUUAGGAUCGCUCUGAGGGAAACCACCGACAUCUCGCUGGGCCUGAAAGAUAAACAUGAGCUGCUGUCUCUCAUCAUUCGCAGUCAUGGUACCAGGCUGAGCCGCCUAAAGACUGAGUAUCUUAAUGCUGGUUCUUAGUGGGGCUGUGGUAGCUUUAAGUGUGUGUUUGUGUAUGUGUGUAUGAAAGAGAGAGCGAGAGACUGAGAAAAAGAGAGAGAGAGGACGCUCCAGUUCAUUAACCAACUGGAAAGUUUAUUGUGGCUUAUGAAUAUCCUUCUUAAGCAUUUGAACUUCUCUGACCUUUGGUUGUUCCCAUUCCUUGGAGCUGUGUCACUGAAGGAGCUCUAACAAAAAUAUUAGCACAUUCCUCUGAAUCAGGAGGGAACAAAGAAAUGUGGGCAUAAGUUAUGUCUGCAAGGAACCCUCAGUGCCACCCCAGAGGAGAAAUGUUAUCCAGGAGAGAGUGUGAAAACAACCCCCCCCCCCCCCCCCCCCCAAAAUGGAUUUAUUGUCAGUAAAAUAUGUAACUCUGUAUGAUUUUAACUAUGCUGUUCACGCCGUUAGGUUGUCAUAACUGAUCAAAUAAAUAUUAAAUAUCUGA